AUGAAGUGGUGUCUUCUCUCCCUGCUGGCUGCCAGUGCGGCUGGCUCGCCCCUCGCCUCUUCCCCCUCCUCCACCAGCGCCCAGAACGACAAGCUGGAUCGGAAUGCCAACCAUAUCUUCAACGCCAUCCACUCCUCGAUGCGGCAGUGGGGGUCUUCCCUGCACCACAACGGCAUGUCCUUUUUCCUUGCCCAUCUGCCAGCCGGCACGCACUUCUACCACGGCACCUCGCACUCGCAGCCCGUGACGGGAACCGAAUGGCUGGCCUUUGAGCCCGAGCAUGCCAUGGUUUUCGCCAGCCGUGGAUUUGGGGGCCCUCCGAAGAAUAAACCCGGCCCGCCGGGCGGUCAGGAACCGAUGCAGGUGGUGGAGGAGGAGGAGGAGGAGGAGGAGGAGACUGAGAACAAGGGAUAUCUGCAUACGUACGCGGCGGCAAAGGAUCUCCGGCUGCUGUAUAUCGACGGCAUGUCCGCCGCCAAGACCGGCCUGGGGACGCUCGACUCGCAGGACCAUCUCCUCCUGAACGACGAACUGGGCAGGGGAAACAACGGCGGGCGCGGCGGGAUGGGCGGCGGCGAGCGCGAACGGGCGGUCGAGAUGUGUCGGAUGGCCCGCGAGGACUGGGUCGGUCGGAUCGAUGGCAUCCUGCGCAUGGAGGCCGGGUUCGAGAUCAUCCUGUGCGACUUCGGCAGGGAUCUGGAGACUGUGAGUAUCAGCCAGGUCAAGCGGAGAGAGCGUGGUUCUGGCGGAGGACCCGGUGGUUCGGGCAACUUCAACUCGUGGAUGAAAGCCAUCGCCGACCGGUACGACAGCAUCGGCGGCCACCGGGUGAGUCUGGACUUCGACCACUUUGUCACCGCGUACUCGUACCCCCUGGACCUGUUCCCCGACAAGAGCUUCCCGUUGCCUCGCCUGGAACACAUCCCUGCCGCCGAGCUGGACCGAGUGCGUGCCGACCUCGACGCCAUGAUUCUCACCCGGUCCCCGUCCGCAGACAACUUUGACUGGCAAGCCGUGACGGACAUGAUCGUCAAGCGCUACGCUCUCGAGCUGCGGUUCCUUGCCUCGGGCAACCUGACCACGCUGGAAUCUCUGCAGGGGGAGGUCGAGCGCGUGCUCUCCCCCUUCAUCGACCAGAGCGACAGCUACGAGAACGAGUUCCGCCGCGACACCGUCACGGCCGAUCGCUGCGCACGCCAGUUCAUCUCCAGCCGGGCCCCGCAGGAGAGCUACGCUGCCCAGGCCGUCUACAGGGUCGCCCAUGCCGUCUGCGCGACCCUCGUCGCCGUCUCGCGCGAGGAAAGCUACCCUGCCGCCCUGGGUACCCUCCACCGGCUCAUCGACUGGCUGGCCUGGUCCACCUGGAAACAGUGCAACGGAUGCGCCGACAACGAGAUCUGCGUCGUCCCCAUCUGGCCAGAGGGCUCUCUCGAGGACUACCAGCACCCUCAGUGCCGUGAGGCCUUGCAUCCUUUUGUGGGCGGAGAGCGCUACUGGGGGGGAGGCUUCCAUCGCCGGGAUGAACUUUGA